AGACUGGCGAAAAGAGAGAAAAGCGACGAUAUUAGAGUAGAGCCGCGUGCUAGAAAACCCUCCUUCCCCCUCCCCCAUUCCCCGAUCCACCUGAAGAAACGGUGGAGCAGGUGGUGCAGUGCGAUCCUGCGAGGGUUUAGCGAGAACCCUUGGGGUUCGCGGCUGGUGGAUGCGCUCGCCCAUGGCCGCGAGGUGCGCGUGGUGGGCGGCGGUGCUGGCGCUUGUGCUGUGGCCGGGGCCGCGCGGGCGCGGUGCGCAGGCGCAGGGGGAGCCGAUGGUAGUGGCCAGCUACGGGCAGGGCAGGCUCUGGCUCAAGCCCUACGACUGGACCUACCUGCGCGUUGAGUUGCCGGCGUCGUUUUCCUCUGUCACCAUGGAUUUUGCCACUGACAUAGACAUUCAGAGGGAGCACUUGAAAGGCCUUCCAAGAAGUGAGCUUGCUAUUAUCUGUUUGAUGGAUUCGAACCCUCCUAUUCCUGAUAUAUCUGAUUCUUAUCUGGACAAUUUAUUAUCAAACUCUUUCACCGCUGGACCUUUUGGCAAUAUAAUUAAUCAGUCAAAUCUGGCGCAAUGUGUACCAUUUCAGAAAAACACAACAGUGGUGCUAACAAAUGACCAGAUAUCUUCAGGGGUAUGGUACAUUGGUUACUUUCAUGGCCUUGGACCUGCUCGCACACAAUCAAAGAUGAUUAGCCGAGGGAAAGCACGCUCGGUGAGCACUAGCAUUACUGUAAGAGGAUGCCCCACUUCAGCAUUAUGGGGACCCUACUGCAACCAAACAGUUGAAAUGAUUGGUUGUUCUCAACCUUCAAUGCAUAACAACUCAAGAAAUCUUGUUGAUCUGAAUAUUGAAAAGAGGACAAGUGUGAAUACUAGGGAGAACAAUAUGCGUACUAAUUUCCUAUCGCAGCAGAACCAUUUAGCAGAAAAGGAUGUUGGCCCCAACACUACGGCUUUGGCGAGGGUGGAGACCUCGAUCACUUGUGCCAUUUCAAAUGACUCACUAUGCCUCCGGCAAGGCGACAUGAAGUUCUACUUCUUGGAUUUAGUCAACCUAGCAUUGCAGUUCGAAAUUACCACUGCAAAUUUUGGAGUUCAAGGGUUAUCCUUGAUUUGUUACCUGCGGUAUAAUGCCUUUCCUCAGAGAUAUUUGCAUGACUAUUCAGGUGAUAUCAGCCAUGGUUCUUUGGUUGUUAAGUCACCAAAUAUUGGACGAUGGUAUAUUGCUAUUGAGACUGUCAAUAAGACACAGAUGAAUAACACAGCGUCAGCACCUAUGUUGGAUAGAGCAUGUUUCUCACUGGAGUGGCAAUUGACUGGAUGCUUGAAUGGAAAAGCUGGAACCAACUGCUCAUGGGAAGCAUAUGAGCUCCAGAGGGUUCCUAAAAGAAGUCCAUCUGUCCCUUUUGAGUCAUAUUAUGUUCCUACUGAUGGAAGGGCAUCGCUGGAAGAUAGUCACUUCUCCUUGGAGCAAUUUUUAAGCAAUUCGUCCCAUGAACAAUUUGCAUGGACAUACUUCUUUUUGGAUGUUCCCCAAGGUUCAGCUGGCGCACUUAUCCAUGUCCGGUUAAAGUCAGAUAAAGAAUUGAAUUACGAGUUGUACUCGAAAUAUGGUGGUUUACCAUCAAAUGAUAGUUGGGAUUAUUAUGCAAGUAGGACAAGCAACAGUAAUGGUUCAGUAUUUUUCUCAUUACAGAACUCCACGAGUUCAGACAUGGAUCUGUCUAUUUUUUAUGCUAAGGAGGGAACUUGGUGCUUUGCGGUGAAGCAUCCAAGUUACACGGCAAAUUCUCAGACGUACAUGUCUGUAUCACUUCAGGGAUGCCAUAGAAAUUGUAAUCAGAAAGGUGUGUGUCAUUCCUCGGUUGAUGAAAGUGGACUGACAUUCUACAGCUUCUGCACCUGUGAUCGCGAUCAUGGUGGGUUUGAUUGCAGCGAUGAGUUAGUUUCACCUAACGGGCACAUCUGGCAGUCUGUCUUUCUGAUCGCAUCAAAUGCUGCAGCAAUUUUACCUGCCUUUUGGGCCCUCCGGCAAAAGGCAUUUGCAGAAUGGAUUCUUUACACGUCUAGUGGAAUUUCCAGUGCAUUAUAUCAUUCAUGUGAUGUGGGUACCUGGUGCAUACUAUCUUUCCGUGUACUACAGUUUUUGGACUUCUGGCUUUCCUUCAUGGCUGUCGUGGGUACGUUCAUAUAUAUGGCUACAAUUGACGAAGCUUCAAAGAGAGCGAUGCAUACUGCUGUGUUCAUACUCACAGCUCUUUUAGCUGCAACUGGUGCAACAAGAUCUGCGAAUAUCGGAAUUGUCAUUGCGAUUGGUUCUCUUGGCCUGCUUAUGGGAUGGCUACUGGAAUUGUCUACAGCACGGAGAUUUAUAUGUUGGUCAUGGAGAAUUAACCUUAAUGUUUCUCAAAGAUGGCCAGACUUCAGGACGUUGUUCCGGAGUACUAUGGAGAUGUUGAACAAACGAUUCCGUUGGUUAUAUUUACUUUUGGGUUUCAUCACAUUAUCUUCUGCGGCUACAAGCUGGAAGCUAGAAUCAAAUAGCAGCUACUGGAUUUGGCACAGCCUGUGGCACAUAACUAUUUAUACUUCUUCAUUUUUCUUCCUCUGUUCAAUGCGUGUCAACACAAGAACUCACAGUCCGGAGCCAAACUAUGAGUUAACGAGGCAAGACUCCUUGCCAAGAUCAGAGCCAAGAGAGACCUAGCUAAGGAACGGAGGCGAUCAGACAACGGUAUUUUCUCAGCAUCCUGCUUCUGGUAGCGAUUUGGACAUUCGUGUACAAUGGUGUCCUACAAUAAUUGGCAGAGUUGGUUAAUGGCGUUUUCGUUUCACAGAAUGCACGUGCAGGCCUCUUUGUGUAGGUACAUAGCCUCCGUCCUGGGGGAGUAAUAACAUGUAAACAAUCGUAGAAGAGGGAGUUGGGAACUAAUGUGAUAUCACGGUCAGCUGCAUCGCAUGAGAAUUGUAAAUAGCGCGCUGCAGAUAUAACUUCUGUUGGUGGGAUGUUCGUGGAUAGUAUUUGUAACCAUGUAAAUGUAAAGGAAGAUGUGUAUCUGCGAGGGAAAUCGCGAAAUGGACCAACUCUAUGGUUUUGGCGCUUCGUCAAAGUGCCUGUCGAUCA